AUGGCUUCCAAAGUUGUCCUCAUCACUGGUGCCAAUCGCGGAAUUGGCAAGGGGAUCUUGGAGCUGUACCUGAAGAAGCCAGGCCAUACUGUUAUCGCCGCCAACCGUGAUCCAAGCCACCCAACUUCUCAGGCUCUAGCCGAUCUUCCACGAGCUGAGGGCACCACAUUGGUAAUUGCCAAGAUCGACGCCACCUCUCCUACUGACCCUGCAGCUGCCGUGAAGGAGCUUGCUGCCAAGGGAGUCAAUCACAUUGAUAUUCUUAUCUCCAAUGCUGCUAUCUCCCUCUCUUGGCCUACGGUCGCCGAGGUCAAGGUCGAGGAUAUUCAGAAGCAUAUCGACGUGAACGUCUACGGCUUCAUCUAUCUAUAUCAAGCCUUCUGGAGUCUUCUGAAGCAGGCCACGGAUGCUAAGUGGGUGACUAUUGGGUCAAGCUCGGCAUGUCUCACGAAUGCCGCCUACGCCCCGACCAAGGCAGUUCAACACUGGUACACCAAGGCCAUCUCCGCUGAAGACCCCUGGCUAACCGCAUUUGCUGUUGACCCCKGCUGGGUGCAGACGGACAUUGGUAACCGUGGCGCAGCUGUUUUCGGUUUCGAGAAGGCUGCGAUGACUGUCGAAGAGAGUGCUACAGGUGUGGUCAACGUGAUCGAUUCGUCUACUCGCGAAACCCACAGCGGAAAGUUGUUCAAGUGUGAUGGCGAUGAAAGGCUGUGGUAA